GGAAGCCCAGCCGCCGCCGCUGUUGCCGCCUCCCCGGCCAUGCAGAAGCUGCUGCAGCAAUUGCCCGUCGGCGCAGUCCACUUGGUCAAGGCGCCGCCGGCGGGCACCAAGGAGGCCAAGAGCCCCGUGCUGGUGCCCGAUGGAGCGCCGCAGAGCUGGUACCGCACGCUGGAAGGCGACGAGCUGAGGCUGCUGAAGGGGCCCGACCUGGAGGCCGCCCCCGCCGGCCAACAGCAGCAGCAGCAGCAGCAGCAGGAGCGCAGCUUGGAGGGCAGCGUGGUGCAGCCGCUCCGACAUGACGAUCUGAAGGAGAUGCUGGACAGCAACAAGGAUUCCUUGAAGCUGGAAGCAAUGAAGAGGAUUGUGGCAAUGAUAGCUCGAGGCAAGAACGCAUCAGACCUCUUCCCAGCCGUGGUCAAAAACGUGGCUUGCAAGAACAUAGAGGUGAAGAAGCUGGUUUACGUCUACCUUGUCCGGUAUGCAGAAGAACAGCAAGAUUUGGCCUUAUUGUCAAUCUCGACUUUCCAGCGAGGACUCAAGGAUCCCAAUCAGCUGAUUCGAGCCAGCGCCCUCCGGGUCCUUUCCAGCAUCCGUGUCCCCAUCAUCGUCCCCAUCAUGAUGUUGGCCAUCAAGGAGGCAGCAUCAGACAUGUCUCCAUAUGUGCGCAAAACUGCCGCUCACGCCAUUCCUAAGCUGUACAGCCUUGAUUCAGACCAGAAAGACCAGUUAAUUGAGGUCAUUGAGAAGCUGCUGGCCGAUAAGACCACGUUGGUGGCUGGCAGCGUGGUGAUGGCGUUCGAGGAAGUCUGCCCUGAGCGCAUCGACCUCAUUCAUAAGAACUACCGCAAGUUGUGCAACCUGCUGAUUGAUGUGGAGGAGUGGGGCCAGGUGGUCAUUAUUAACAUGCUCACCCGCUACGCUCGCACCCAGUUCCUCAGCCCCAACCUGAACGAAUCCCUCCUGGAGGAGAACGCUGAGAAAACCUUCUACGGAUCUGAAGAAGAAGACGCCAAAGACGACAAGGCGAAGUCCACACCCUUGGCAAAGCGCAAGCCUUACGUGAUGGAUCCUGACCACCGCUUACUACUGCGCAACACCAAACCCCUGUUGCAAAGCCGCAAUGCUGCAGUGGUGAUGUCAGUUGCUCAACUCUACUUCCAUCUUGCCCCCAAGGCUGAAGUUGGAGUCAUCGCUAAGGCCCUGGUGCGUCUCCUGAGAAGCCACAGUGAGGUACAAUAUGUAGUGCUUCAGAACGUGGCCACCAUGUCCAUCAAGCGUAGGGGAAUGUUUGAGCCCUACCUCAAAAGCUUCUACAUCCGAUCAACUGAUCCCACCCAGAUUAAGAUCCUCAAGCUGGAAGUUUUGACCAACCUGGCUAACGAAACCAACAUUUCUACAAUUUUGCGGGAAUUUCAGACUUACAUCCGGAGCAUGGAUAAAGACUUUGUGGCAGCCACAAUCCAGGCCAUUGGCCGUUGCGCCACUAACAUUGGCCGAGUGAGAGACACGUGUCUUAACGGACUCGUUCAGUUGCUCUCCAACCGAGAUGAACUGGUCGUGGCCGAGUCGGUGGUGGUCAUUAAGAAGCUUCUACAGAUGCAGCCAUCUCAACACAGUGAGAUCAUCAAGCACAUGGCGAAGCUGACAGAUAACAUCCAGGUUCCCAUGGCCCGGGCCAGCAUCUUAUGGCUGAUUGGUGAAUACUGUGAACAUGUGCCCAAGAUUGCCCCAGAUGUUCUGCGCAAGAUGGCCAAGUCCUUCACCAGUGAGGAAGACAUUGUGAAGCUGCAGGUUAUCAACUUGGCAGCUAAACUUUAUCUGACCAACUCUAAGCAGAGCAAGCUGCUGACCCAGUAUGUGCUGAAUUUGGCCAAGUAUGACCAGAACUAUGACAUUCGGGAUCGUGCCCGUUUCAUACGCCAGCUCAUCGUGCCCACGGAGAAGAGCGGCGCCCUCAGCAAGUACGCCAAGAAGCUUUUCCUGGCACAAAAGCCUGCUCCCAUUUUGGAGUCCUCAUUCAAAGAUCGCGACCACUUCCAGCUGGGCUCCCUUUCACAUCUCCUCAAUGCAAAAGCGGUGGGCUACCAGGAGCUUCCCGAUUGGCCAAGCGAAGCCCCAGAUCCAUCUGUGCGCAACGUGGAGGUCCCCGAAUGGACCAAAUGCACCAGCCGUGAGAAGAGGAAGGAGAAGGUGGAGAAACCCUUCUAUUCAGAUUCAGAGGGAGAAUCGGGAGCGACGGAAUCGGCGGACAGUGACCCUGAGACCAUGAGUGGCUCCGAAAGCGGAAGUGAGAGUGGAUCGGGAUCCGGCAGUGAAGAAGAGGAUGAGGAAGAGAGCGAAGACCAAUCAGAAGAGGAGGAGGAGGAAGAGGAAGAGGAAGAGAAGAAGAAAAAGAAGAAGAAGGGGGAAACUCCCCGGAAAGGUCUGCUGGAGAGCGCUGGCAGUGAGGAGGAAGAGGAAGGAGGAGGAAGAGGAGGAAAGGAAAGGAGCAAGAAAAAACUAUCUCCCCAGGGAGGAAAGGAGGACUCGACCUCCUCCUCAUCCGAAGAGGACAGCUUGUCUGAAAGUAGCUCAACCGAAUCGGAGUCCGAGUCCGAACCAGAGGAGUCCAAGAAGAAAAAGCUGCUUCCCAGCAGGAAACCACCUGCUAAAGCAGCCAAGAAAGGAUCAAAGGAAAUCUCUCUGCUUGAUCUGGAUGACUUCACACCCCCAUCUUUGCAGCCGGUUACCAGCAGCCCAGUUCUCUCCACUAGCCUCGUGACCGAUCUGGAAGGACUCACCUUGACGGACACUUCUUUAACGACACCCAUGAUCAGUCCAGUCUUUGGGGCAGUGAAGAAAUACAAGCUGCUGCAUCGCAUGACCGGGGAAGGACUCUCGGUGGAAUACUAUUUCAGCCGGCAACCCUUUGCUCCUGACCCCCGCAUGGUAGCUGUGCAGAUCCAGAUCUGCAACAACAUGGCAACCGAAGUGAAGAACAUCCGUGUGACGGAGCCCAAACUUCUCUCAGGCAUGCGUCUCCAGGAAUUCAAGGAGAUUGAGUCUUUGGCUCCUGGGGAAACGGUCAGCGUGGUAAUGGGCAUAGACUUCUGUGACUCUACCCAGGUGGCCAGUUUCCAAUUGUGCACACACACCCGCCAGUUUUACCUGUCCAUCCAAUCACCCGUUGGGGAGCUUAUGGCUCCAGUGUUCAUGAGCGAAAACGAAUUCAAGAAGGAGCAAGAGCAUCUGUUAAGGACGGCCGUGGGGAAGCUAACAGGGAUGAGUGAAAUCACAGAGAAGCUAAGUCUUCCAGACACCUGCCAGAGUGACCAUGUGAUUGUGCAAAAGGUGACAGCGGCCGCCAACGUCAGCCGGGUGCCCUGCGGAUCGGACAAAGAAUACAGGUUUGCUGCUAAAACAGUGAGCGGCGAGUGUCUCAUCUUGAUCACCCUGGAGAAGAAGUCGGACAACACGGCCCAGCUGACCAUCAACAGUGAAAAGAUGUUGAUUGGUACCAUGCUGGUGAAAGACAUCAUCCACUCCUUGACCCAGGAGUGAUCCAAGUGGAACGGGGAGUCCAUCUCUCAUCUCCCAGGAAUAUCAAUUAUCUUAGCCAGCGCUUCUCUUGGCCGAGGCCUACACUCCCAAUAUUUCUGUUGUAGUCCACGUGGAAAGCAAUGCUUGGAGGAGAGUGAAGUUGUGUGUAUGUGUGUAUUUAGAACACAGGGAAGAUUCCUAUGACUCCACUGCCUUUCUUGUGUAACGCGCACCUUUCCUUCUCCAUUCUUCUGUUCUACAGCUCUAUUUAUUAUGAGCAGAGAAGGUUCAAUAAAAUGGCUUCUUGGAUUUGGCUUCUGUUUGCUGGCUGUUUUGGGUAGUAGCAAAAAAAAA